AUGGAUCAAGUCACUAUUUUGAAGAUCAUCUUUGACGGCAUGUGCACGCACCGUAUCUUGACAGUUCUGAUAGACCAACCUCGUGCAUUCCAGGACAAGGGAACUGCUUUACUUGCGGAAGUCAAGGGAAUGGAUCCGUCUCCCAAGUCCAUGGACCUCUCCCUCGUCUGCCUUUACGCUCCAAGCGAAGUGACGGCUAUCCCAGGAAUCCAUGAACGGGGUCGCGCUGUGCGACACGGAGCGCGGUCUUUGGGGUCUUUGGAUUCGAAUGGUCCUACCGCAUUGCUGAGAGUAUCAAGGUCCUACGAAGCUGCUGUACCCGACCGGUCGUUAGACGGGGAACGGCAGAGACCUUUCCGUCUGACCUGGGGCAUAAUUGUUUCAGCCACCUCAAACCUGCCUCCGCUCAUAAAGAUCGUUCGAAUGUACCUGUUAUCUACGGGCUGUGCCACCGAAUUUGCAGCAAGGGGACUCAACCAAAGUACGGGUCGUUUAAGGAAUCCACCUCAUUCAAUGACCCAUAUCCCACUAGCUCAUGGGCGCUUGGAUGACUGGAGACCUGCCCGCCGUACUCCGUGUCCCAAAUCAAGCUCCGCAGGGGGCCGCUCCUGA